CUCUGAAGGUGCCGCCAUGGCUCAUAUUAAAUUUCCUAUGGAUUACCCAUAUUCACCACCUACCUUCAGAUUUCUGACCAAAAUGUGGCAUCCCAACAUUUAUGAGAAUGGAGAUGUAUGUAUUUCAAUCCUUCACCCACCUGUAGAUGAUCCUCAAAGUGGAGAGCUGCCAUCAGAAAGGUGGAACCCAACCCAGAAUGUCAGGACUAUCCUACUGAGUGUAAUCUCCUUGCUUAAUGAGCCCAACACAUUCUCUCCGGCAAACGUGGAUGCUUCUGUCAUGUUCAGGAAAUGGAGAGACAGCAAAGGGAAAGACAAGGAAUAUGCGGAAAUCAUCCGGAAACAAGUCCAGGCCACCAAGGCAGAAGCAGAAAAGGAUGGCGUGAAGGUGCCCACCACGUUGGCAGAGUACUGCAUCAAAACUAAAGUGCCUUCCAAUGACAACAGCUCAGAUUUGCUUUAUGACGACUUGUAUGACGACGACAUUGAUGAUGAAGAUGAGGAGGAGGAGGAGGAAGAUGCCGAUUGUUACGACGACGAUGAUUCUGGCAACGAGGAGUCGUGACCUGUUCCCUCUGGCUCCUGUACUGCCCUGCCAGUUUUGCCAGAGGGGAGCAGCGGUAAUCCAGUGACCGUUCAGCAAAAAAUAUACAUAUACAAGGGGUGGGUGGGGAAAAGAUACCAACCAAACCUGCGUUUCCUGCUUUCUCCUGUUGUGCGGAUCUCGAUUUUAUCCCCCACCCCCCCGGUUCUUUGGCCUCCUAGCAAGAAAGACCUCCGCAGAUGAUCUCGGAUCUCGCCUCCUUUCCCGUCCCAUCACUGUGUUCUGAUUUUUCCCCCCUUUUUUAAAAAGACAGAUCCUCCCUCCUUCACUUUCCUCCCCCUCUUCAGGAGAGUUCACAGUACAGCAAAACAGGCUUGCUCUGUGUUUAGAUUCUUGAAUUAAACACAGUCUUUCAUCAA